AUUUACUUAUUAAUUUCAUUGUUAAAUUUAUCUUUUUCCAUAAUCUUAAUAAUUUGAUGGAAAUUGCGAUCUAUUUAGCACUAAUACUUUGAAGCGUUCAAAUGGUUAAUUAGAUGGUUAACUAUAUCGAUCAUAUAUGUUCAGACUUCAAAUGAGGGUUUUUGCAGCGCCAAGUUUUCAAACCCUUCACCGGCAGAAAAAUAUACAUGACUGAUUUACGAAAGUAUACUCAUCCGAUGUACAUUUAUGUUUAUUUCGACACGUACGUGCACGUGUAUACAUACAAUAAACAUUCGACAUGCAUCGGAAAACAUCCUAAAUUAAUCCAUGAAAAUAUGUUUGUCCAAUGUACAUGAAAGUACAUUUAUGUAUGUUUCAAUACGUACCUGCAUGUAUAUAAAUACAAUAUACAUACAAUAUACAUGGAGAUGUAUAAGUAAUUAAUCCAUCGAAGUAUAUUUAUAUUAUGUACAUAUGACGUACAUACAUUUAUAUCCAUCCAUAAAUAUUUAUUUUAUAUAUGUAUAAUGUCCUGUAUAUACUUUUCACUUUAUAGAUCAAGAAUGGAUACCCAUAGAAUGUCGUGUGCUAUUUGGGCUAGUUGAAGCGUCUCUCAUUUCGCUUUUUCGUAGUGAUCUGUCCGGUUUCGUGGGAUCGAGAAGCGCAUGAACAGCAGUCCGAGUCGCGCGUUCGUGUUCGUCGCACGUAUCUCAUGCGAAACAGUGCGAAGUACGAAUAUCGAAGGAUAAUCAUACGUUAAUGUAUUUUGGACAGGAUUAUACAUUGCCUCAAAAUAUCCUUCACUGUUUACAAUGAUAACAUAAUAAUCCAAUUUAAAAAUGUAAUAAUGUAAAUUUCUACGUAGAAUGAUCUGAAUGGAAGGAUAAUCAUUCAAGCUAUCAUUGUGGAGAUAGCAACUAUUUCCGUUCGUCUGCCCGGGUGUUUAAUAGCAUUUACAUGGACACCAACUGUUCGAAUCAGCUGAUGUAUACGCAAUUUGAGAUGAACAAUGAUUUGAAAUAUGAACAAAGUGAAAUCGAGUGUAAGCAAAUAUUAAUUUAGUUAUGUAUAAAACUUGUAAACAGCAGAUUUAAGUACGUAUUCUAAAGAAUUAAAUUAAAUGCGAUUUCAAGUAAUCAAAGAAAUAAGAGAAAAAUCUGAAGAAAUUCUUUUUAAACAAAGGAAAAAGAAACCGAUCGACGAUACGUGAAUUAUAUUUUUACUGAAAUAAAAUGUAUAAAGAGAGAAAAGGAGAGACGCGAGAAAUAUGAAAUGAAAAAUGUAUUCGCAGUUUUGAAAUAAAACUGCAAGGUGACGGAAGUGAUAAUUAUAGAGUAAUAAUAAGUGAUAAUCAGGGAAUAACAAUGUAGACAUUGUUGGACGUGACAUCGAGCAAUGUCCAGAGAAGGAAUAAUAGACAGAGAUCGUUUGGUUUGGAUAAACGAGUAAUUAUAUUUUUACAUAACUAUGUCCUUGAUGAGGUUCGUUCUGCUCGGUCUGAUAUUAUCUUUGACAAGAGCGUCGUCGGAAUUGCACCUGACAAAAUGUUGCCCACCAGGAGAGAUCUUUUCAGGAACUGUGGAGUGCAUUUCAGUACCGAGGAAUGCUAGCGAGCUUUAUGUUCAUCAUUGGAACACCACUAUGGGGUUCCAAGGAAUUCCACAGUGCGAUGAACCCAAGGAUCUUACGACAACGCCACUUGACGAUCGCAAUUCCACCAAUUUUUUAGAGGUACCAGCUUGCCUCGAGAUACUUCACGAACAAGUAACUGGAAAUAGCAGUGUAAUAGUCGUUCAUUGUCGAUCGAAUAAAGAUCAACGAGUGAAAACAAUUAAUGCAUCCUUUCCGCAGUUCGUAGACAUAAGAAAAUGUUGCCCUCGCGAUACAGUAUUUGACAGUCGCACGAAAGCUUGCGUGACCCGGUUAAACGAAUCGGAGAAUUUCGCAGAAUUUUUGCUAAAUGGAUCAAUUGAUACAGAACUUGUGAUAAUAACUACCAAAGGUCCACCCACGUGCCAAGGGCCAAUCGUAGACUACAAAAUUAACGAAAAUGAUAUCUUUCUGCGGAACAAUACAUAUUCGGUGAUGGUUCCAGUGUUUGAGAAUGAAGACAUCAAAGAGGAACUUUUGAUUACUGCAGAUAACGCUUGCCUCGAGGUGACGCCGGAUUUUGCAUCUGAUCGAACAUUGACAGCGCGCGUCUGCAGAGAUUUGAAAUUCUGCGACACGAACGCCUGCAUCCGAAAGUGCUGUGCCGAAAAUGAAUAUUUUUCCAUUGAGAGAUGGAAUAAACUCCCUGUACCUAACAAACCGAUCGAGUUUUACGAGGCUUUCGCAGAUGCCGUAAAUCAAACGAAAUCAUCUACUUUUAAUAUGACCGAAGACUACGGAGUCUUGAUUGGGAAUCCGUGUAAGUACAGCAAGUUCAUGGAUCUCAUCGAUCCAAGAAAGAAAGAUUGGUCGCUGACGUCAAAGGGACAUGUUUCCAUCAAGAAUUAUGACAAGAAUUACAGCCAGAGCGAGUACUGCAUGGACAUCCUUUACAACAGAUUGGAAUACGACCGUUUGUAUUUGUUCGUAUGUUUCAACGCCUCAACACAAAAUGAUUUAUUAAGGUGGCAGAUGAACACCGCCCUACAGAUCACCAGUUGUGCUUUUCUGCUGAUGACCCUGCUAGUGUAUGUGUGCUUACCAAGUCUGCAAAAUCUUCAUGGUAAAACGCUCAUGUGCCAUGUGGUCAGCCUUCUCUUGGCCUUCACUUGCCUGUCCAUCAUCACUUGGUUCACAUUCGAUUGUAUAACAUGCAAAGUUUUAGCUUACAUCCUGCUUUUUUCCUCUCUAUCGGCGUUUUUUUGGCUUAACGUCAUGUGCUUCGACAUGUGGAGGACUUUCGGCGUUUUACGUGGAAAUACGAAUACGAUGGCGCGCAAGGAUAGAAAAAAGUUUCUAUUAUACUGUUUGUAUGCGUGGGGCCUCUCUUUCCUGGUGUCAAUCUUCGCUAUCGUUGCCGACAACACGGAUAUCCUGCCAGAUUAUCUGCAGCCCGAUAUUGGCAAUACGAGAUGUUGGUUUACAGAAAAACGAAAUUCAUACGGCGAAUUAACUUUCUUUAUUGGACCGGUGAUGAUUCUCCUAAUAUCCAAUGUGGUGUUUUUCAUCCUCACACUGACGUAUUACAAUAAGGUGAAAGCGGAAAUAAGAAGGGUAACUACGGAUCCUAUGGAUUCCAGAAACAGACAAUUCCGUUCCGACAGGAAGAGAUUUAUCAUGAACAUCAAACUGUUCGUCGUCAUGGGAAUGUCCUGGAUUUGUGAGGUGCUGUCGUUCUUCGUGACAAAAUAUUUAGAUGAGAACUGGCAUUACGUAUUCUUCUACACAAGCGACGUCUUCAAUUGUCUCCAAGGUCUACUGAUCUUCAUUCUUUUCGUCCUGAAGAGACGUGUGUAUCAAGCACUCCGCAGAAGAUUGGGAUUGGACACUUAAAAAAAGAAAUCGACCCCAACGUGCAGCGCGACCACGACUUUACGCGAUCCUUAUAGAAUCAGGAAGAGCACAAUCCCGAAUAGAAAAUAGUUAGGGAAAUCUUUAUGUAGCAUAAGGCCCUGAUGAGGAUUUAAUAAGGAUGCCAUAAAAAGGGCUACCUUAAUAUUAUCACAUCAGGGCCUUAUAAGGUAUUAUUUAGAAUGCCUUAAACUUACUGAGUAAGAUUUUGUUAUGGAAAACUAACAAGAGCCUUACAAGGUGUUAUUAAAGAUGCCUUUGAUUUACUAAGUAAGAUUUUGUUACGAAAAGCUAAUAAGGGCCUUACAAGGUACUAUUAAGGUUGCCUUAGAUUUACUAAGUAAGAUUUUGUUAUGAAAAACUAACAAGAGCCUUACAAGGUGUUAUUAAGAAUGCCUUAGAUUUACUAAGUAAGAUUUUGUUAUGAAAAACUAACAAGAGCCUUACAAGGUGUUAUUAAGGAUGCCUUAGAUUUACUAAGUAAGAUUUUGUUAUGAAAAACUAACAAGAGCCUUACAAGGUGUUAUUAAGGAUGCCUUAGAUUUACUAAGUAAGAUUUUGUUAUGAAAAACUAACAAGGGCCUUACAAAGUGUUAUUAAGGAUGCCUUAGCUUUAUUAAGUAUGAUUUUGUUACGAAAAGCUAAUAAGGGCCUUACAAGAUACUAUUAAGGAUGCCUUAGAUUUACUAAGUAAGAUUUUGUUACAAAAAGCUAAUAAGGGCCUUACAAGGUACUAUUAAGGAUGCCUUAGAUUUACUAAAUAAGA